CAUUGUGCACUUGCUGCACCCAGGUCUAGCACCCAGGGGGAACUUGAACUUUCAAGAAGUCGCCUCCGAGUCCCACUCCUAACUAUACAUCAUCCCGAGUCACUUUUAUUGAUCGCAUCACUCGCCCUCAGGUGGCGGCACCGUCAAUACCUCGUGGCCGGCGUCGGUCACGAGCACUGUGUGCUCGAACUGGGCGGCGCGCUGCUCGUCGCGCGUGAGGACGGUCCAGCCGUCCCCGGCGACGUAGAGUUCCGGACUGCCCUCCGUGAGCAUGGGCUCGAUGGUGAACACGUGGCCCUUCUGGAGCCGGAACUUGUUCUGGUUGCGGCAGUGCGACACGAGGGGCGGCGCGUGGAAGGUGGUGCCGAUGCCGUGCCCGCAGUACUGGCGGACGACACCGUAGCCGCGGGCGUCGGCCGCGUCGGAGCACGCGUCGCCGAUUUCCGUGAGGCACGCGCCGGGUCGGACGACGGCGAUCGCGGCGUCGAGGGCCCCGCGCGUGGCGUCGACGAGCCUGCGGCCCGCGGCGUCGACGUCGCCGACGCACACGGUGCCGCAGUUGUCGCCAAAAACGCCGUCGACGAAAACGCUCACGUCGAACGAGACGACGUCGCCGUCCCGGAGGACGCGCGAGUCCGGAAUCCCGUGGCAAAUGACGUCGUUUGGCGACGCGCAGAUCGACUUGGGAAAGCCCAUGUAGUUGUACGGCGCGGGAUACGCGCCUGCGAGGCGCCGACGGCUCAGUCGCGGCGGAGGCGGAGGGCUCAGUCGAGGCGCUGGGAGGCGCCCGCCGCGACGAUGCGGUCGUGCACCAGCGCGUCGAUGGCAUCCGUCGUGACGCCCGGCGCCGCGAGCGCGCACGCGUAGUCGAGCAUGCGGCGCGCGAGGCGCCCCGCGCGCCGCAACUUCUCGACCGCCUCGUCGUCGCAGACCACCGCGGAGGACGGGCCCGCGGGCACGUGCCCCGUGCGCGCGUAGCUCGGUCGCGGAAUCGACGCCGGGAUGUCGCGCCACGGGGACACGGCGCCAGCGGUCCAGCGCCGGCGGCCCGACAGCCAGGACUGCAGGCGCGCGAGCGCUCGACUCAUCUAGCUAGCUCUUUUAGGUGCACAACAGGAUGAUACUCUUGUUUUUUUAUCUUUUCGUACAUGUAGUCAACUUCACAGGCGGUUGUUAUUUGCAAGUUUACAAUUUAAAACUUCUUAUAUGCUCUUCUUUAGACCAGCCCCCUGAUGCCUAGUGUCUU